GCCCGGAGCCCCGCCCCUCGUGGAACGUUUGGUAGCCAGUUUCAGAUUGCUACAGUCGCGCUCCCGUCCACGCUAUUUCCUGCUGCCGCUGGGGGGGCGGAAAGAUUCCUACGCUCUGGCUCGCCGUCUCCCCCCAACCCAGAUUCUUGCGUGGGGGCCCCCGGAUUCCUGAUCCCCUUAAACAAAAAUAAAUCCUGCUUGCGGGGGAAACGACGCACCGAGCCUCUGAGCUGCGCCUCCACAUCACAAGGACUGGAUUUAGGAUCUCUUCGUCUCCUGUUUCCUUCUCCCCCCAUCUGGGCAUGGUGCGCUGGGGAGGGGGGUGAAGGGGCUUUUCCUCAGCGCUGCUGACCCCCUCCGCCCCCCCAACCCGACCCCGAGAGGGGUUUUGCCGGCGCCGGAAAGCCUCCUUCCAAGCGGGGGGGCGGUGCGCGAGGCAAGGGAUCCCUGGAUCGCAUUGCAUUGCGGCUGUUGCUCCUAGGAGGAAGGGGAAAAAAGGCUUUGCUCCUUUUCGUCCAGCCUUUGCCCACUCCUGCCCCCUCCCCCUUCCCCAUUUCCUCUACGCUUUUUUUUUCUUUUUCAUUUUAAUCAUCUGCUCGAUUUCGCCUCGGAAGGAAAAGGAAUAUAUAUAUAUGAAUGACUAUGCUGCCUUGAGGACACGGAUGCUGGCGGCCUCUUUUUAAAAGGGGGAAAAAAUAGGGAGGCGGGGAAAAUCACCUUGCAGAGGAUCUUCGAAGAAAACAGCUGCCCCUUCUGCCUCGUUUCCCCCUCGACCCUGCCGCAGCAUCACUCAAGCUGGAGCAUUAUGGAGCUGGAGAAUAUUGUGGCCAACACAGUCUUGCUCAAAGCCAGAGAAGGAGGCGGAGGGAAGCGGAAAGGGAGAAGUAAGAAAUGGCGAGAGAUCCUCAAGUUCCCGCACAUCAGUCAGUGCGAUGACCUUCGGAAAGGCCUGGAACGAGACUACAGCAGCUUGUGUGACAAGCAACCGAUUGGCCGGCAGCUUUUCCGACAGUUCUGCGAGACGCGGCUGGAGCUCCUCCGGUGUAUCCACUUCCUGGAUGCUGUGGUAAGGCAAGUGCCAUGCCUAGAGCGGGUCUGGCUCAGAGCCUGA